CUUUGUCACACUCGUUCAUGUUGUAGUCAAUCUGUCUGUCAGUCAGAGAGCAUAUGUGCUAGCCUGACUGCAUGAUGAAAGCCCACUGGUGGAGCUGUGUGCUGGGACUGCUCUGCAUGCCUGCGGAGGUAAUAUUAGACAUCGGGAAAGCUUUCCAAAAUCCUUCAGCCAUCACUUUCAUGAGAGUCAAUUCAUCUGCUGAGAUCAUGUGCACCACAUCCUUGGCGAAUCCAAUGGGGCUGUACAUGCAUAGGCGUUUCCACAAGGAACAAGACGUUGUGUACCUGGACUUGAAUGAAUUUUCAGUCACCAAGAAUACCACAUCUAACAAAUUCAAAGGCCGAAUAAACAUAAGUCCAGCCAAGCAGAUCGCACAGGAACUUCAUGGGUUCACUUUCCAGUUGUCUUUGCUGGAGCUCGAGGACACAAACUUGUAUUACUGUGAGUGGAUUUACACGGACGAGAAAUUAAACAAACUGCUCAUGACCAGCAACGGCACAGUCAUUAUCGUCAGAGAGGGUGGCCCGGAGGAACAAUGCACAAACUCCAUACUGGAUCUGACCUUGAUUUGCUCUAUCGUCAUAGGAUUUACUGUCAUACUGUCCUUCAUCAUUGGAGUGCUGAUUAUGAGGUGCAAACGAUAUAAAAAGAAAUUCAGACCUGCCGUGCCUGAAUUACCACCAAGAUCCGAGAGGCCUCGGCAGACCUGCUCUUGCCACCAUCACAAUGCUUACUUAGUUACAUCUCUAAGCACGGAUGUCAACACAGACUUCAGGGGUCUCCUGUAAUGCUCAGAGAAGUGCUAAUAAUUCAACACGCGGUGAUGCACAGUUAAUUGCACAGACGGCUUCAGAUGGCUGAACUCGUAAUCUUUAACCUUUUGCUGUAGUGCAUCUCUCUUCCUUUUACAGAAAUUUGUGUUUUAUCUGCAGAAAAGUGAUUGAGCUACCACAUCCUGGUUUAUGCUCAGUGUUCAGGUGCAAUGUGUGAAGAGUGUGGGGGAAGAAAAACUGCAGACCAAGCACUUUUUCCUUUGAUUUAGCACACACAGGCUUUACCUGUUGAGUUUUCAACAGCUUUGUGUUGUUUUGUUCUUUUUUCUAUGUGAAUGCUCUGAAUGUUUUGAACCAUAGUUUUC